GGACGGAAGCCGCUGCUGUUGGAACUGUUGCCGCAGAGCACCAUCCUGCCAAGUUAGCCCGCAUCCCUCUUGCCGUCGGCAGCGUCGACUUUCUGAUAGACAAGAAGCGCCUCGGCAAAGGAUGGGACGAGAUCUUGACCAAUGCCGACCGAGCUGAGCAGGACACCUUUGCUGUCCUCAACGACUGCAGCAGCAGGAUUCACUCCUUCCUCAUCAAGAAGCGUCUUCCCGCCAACAACUACGUUUCUAUUCUGCCCAAGACCACCAAGAGCGGCGGCAUCCAGGAGCAUGGGAUGGUGCGGCGUGAGUCCAUCUUCUGUUCACGUCGGAUAGCCAUUCAGACCAUCGGCUGGAUGGAUGAGAAGAUGCGCCCCAGCACCAGACACGGGCCGGUGGGUGGGGAGAGCGGUCUCCGCAUCGAGCGGCGGGAGAGCAAAUACCAUCCGACUCCGCCCAUGAGUGAGGAUCGUUUCCGGGCGGUGUUCGGCCAGCAGUGCUUGCGGAAGGUCUCCAGCUCUGCCUUGGUCGGUACCGUCGUCCGCAAGCAGAAGCGGAUAAUCCAGCCGAAUGACAUGAAGAAACACCAGACACUUCCCUCUCCUUCUUGA